CCGUUCGGAGCCGAGCAGGAGCCUGAGCCGGAGCUCGGAGUCGGAGCCCAGCCGGCGCCAUUGCGCGGGCGCCGCGGGGAGAGCCUAGUACGGGGCGGCGGGCCGGGCCAGGCCAUGCGGGCCGAGUGAGCCGGCGCCCGCAGUCCGCGGCGCGGCAUGGCUUCCCCGUGGAGCUCCGGGCAGCCCGGGCCGCCGCCACCGCCGCCGCCGCCGCCACCCGCGCGCCUGCUGCUGCUCCUGCUACUGCCGCUGUUGCUAGCGCUGGCGCCCGGGGCCUGGGGCUGGGCGCGGGGCGCCCCUCGGCCGCCGCCCAGCAGCCCGCCGCUCUCCAUCAUGGGCCUCAUGCCGCUUACCAAGGAGGUGGCCAAGGGCAGCAUUGGGCGCGGGGUGCUGCCCGCUGUGGAACUGGCCAUCGAGCAGAUCCGCAACGAGUCACUAUUGCGCCCCUACUUCCUCGACCUGCGGCUCUACGACACGGAGUGUGACAAUGCCAAAGGCUUGAAAGCCUUCUACGACGCAAUAAAAUAUGGACCCAACCACCUGAUGGUGUUUGGAGGCGUCUGUCCAUCCGUCACGUCCAUCAUUGCGGAGUCUCUCCAAGGCUGGAAUCUGGUACAGCUCUCCUUUGCUGCAACCACACCUGUGCUGGCUGACAAAAAGAAAUAUCCUUAUUUCUUCCGGACUGUGCCGUCUGACAACGCGGUAAACCCCGCCAUCCUGAAGCUGCUGAAGUAUUACCGCUGGAGGCGCGUGGGCACACUCACCCAGGAUGUGCAGAGGUUCUCUGAGGUAAGGAACGACCUGACCGGGGUGCUGUAUGGUGAGGACAUUGAGAUCUCCGACACCGAGAGCUUCUCCAAUGACCCCUGCACCAGCGUCAAGAAACUCAAGGGGAAUGACGUGCGUAUCAUCCUGGGCCAGUUCGACCAGAACAUGGCGGCCAAAGUGUUCUGCUGCGCAUACGAGGAGAACAUGUAUGGCAGUAAAUACCAGUGGAUCAUCCCAGGCUGGUACGAGCCCUCCUGGUGGGAGCAGGUGCACACAGAAGCCAACUCGUCCCGUUGCCUCCGGAAGCACCUUCUCGCAGCCAUGGAGGGCUACAUUGGCGUGGACUUCGAACCCUUGAGCUCCAAACAAAUCAAGACCAUCUCAGGCAAGACUCCACAACAGUACGAGAGGGAGUACAACAAGAAGCGAUCAGGCGUGGGGCCCAGCAAGUUCCAUGGCUAUGCCUAUGAUGGCAUCUGGGUCAUCGCCAAGACGCUGCAGAGGGCCAUGGAGACACUGCAUGCCAGCAGCCGGCACCAGCGCAUCCAGGACUUCAACUACACAGACCACACGCUCGGCAGGAUCAUCCUCAAUGCCAUGAAUGAGACCAAUUUCUUCGGAGUCACGGGUCAAGUUGUGUUCCGGAAUGGGGAGAGAAUGGGGACCAUUAAGUUUACUCAAUUUCAAGAUAGUAGGGAGGUAAAGGUGGGCGAGUACAACGCUGUGGCUGACACGCUGGAGAUCAUCAACGACACCAUCCGAUUCCAAGGAUCCGAACCCCCAAAAGACAAGACCAUCAUCCUGGAGCAGCUCCGGCAGAUCUCCCUGCCUCUCUACAGCAUCCUCUCUGCCCUCACCAUCCUGGGGAUGAUCAUGGCCAGCGCCUUUCUCUUCUUCAACAUUAAGAACCGGAACCAGAAGUUGAUAAAGAUGUCCAGUCCAUACAUGAACAACUUGAUCAUCCUUGGAGGAAUGCUCUCCUACGCAUCCAUAUUCCUUUUUGGCCUCGAUGGAUCCUUUGUCUCAGAAAAGACCUUUGAAACGCUGUGCACUGUCAGGACCUGGAUUCUCACUGUGGGCUACACGACCGCCUUUGGAGCCAUGUUUGCUAAGACGUGGAGGGUACAUGCCAUCUUCAAAAACGUGAAAAUGAAGAAGAAGAUCAUCAAGGACCAGAAACUGCUAGUGAUCGUGGGGGGCAUGCUGCUGAUCGACCUGUGCAUCCUCAUCUGCUGGCAAGCUGUGGACCCCCUGCGGAGGACGGUGGAGAGGUACAGCAUGGAGCCCGACCCGGCGGGGCGGGACAUCUCUGUGCGCCCCCUCCUGGAGCACUGUGAAAACACCCACAUGACCAUCUGGCUUGGCAUCGUCUACGCCUACAAGGGGCUUCUCAUGCUGUUCGGCUGUUUCUUGGCCUGGGAGACUCGUAACGUCAGCAUCCCAGCCCUCAAUGACAGCAAGUACAUCGGCAUGAGCGUCUACAACGUGGGCAUCAUGUGCAUCAUCGGGGCCGCCGUCUCCUUCCUGACCCGGGACCAGCCCAACGUGCAGUUCUGCAUCGUGGCCCUGGUCAUCAUCUUCUGCAGCACCAUCACCCUCUGCCUGGUGUUUGUGCCCAAGCUCAUCACGUUGAGAACGAACCCAGAUGCAGCGACGCAGAACAGACGGUUCCAGUUCACACAGAACCAGAAGAAAGAAGACUCCAAGACAUCCACGUCGGUCACCAGUGUGAACCAGGCCAGCACAUCGCGCCUGGAGGGCCUGCAGUCGGAAAACCACCGCCUGCGCAUGAAGAUCACAGAGCUGGAUAAAGACUUGGAAGAGGUCACCAUGCAGCUGCAGGACACCCCAGAGAAGACCACCUACAUUAAACAGAACCACUACCAAGAGCUCAAUGACAUCCUCAACCUUGGCAACUUCCCCGAGAGCACAGAUGGGGGAAAAGCCAUUUUAAAAAAUCACCUUGAUCAGAAUCCCCAGCUGCAGUGGAAUACAACAGAGCCCUCACGGACAUGCAAAGAUCCUAUAGAAGAUAUAAACUCCCCAGAACACAUCCAGCGCCGGCUGUCCCUCCAGCUCCCCAUCCUCCACCACGCCUACCUCCCGUCCAUCGGAGGCGUGGACGCCAGCUGCGUCAGCCCCUGCGUCAGCCCCACUGCCAGCCCCCGCCACAGACACGUACCGCCCUCCUUUCGAGUCAUGGUCUCAGGCCUGUAAGGUGGGAGGCCCGGGGCCAGGGCCUCACCAUGACGGAACCACACACUGGGGCAGGGCAGGGGCGGCGGCUGCGGGAGAACCUGGGCGCCACAGCUGGCCUCUCGGGACUGCUCGGACAGCACUCAGGGGGACACGGCCCGGGGAGGCCUUGGCACCUGACCUCGAGCCUUAUUGGUGAAGUUUUUUUCACAAAGAAGAGGAAUGGAAAUGACUUCUUCCUGCAGUCAUUCCUCCUAUGAACGAGGAGGAGCUGACAUAUCUGAAACUUGCAAAAAA